AUCGAUGAAAUCGCGAUUUUCAUUCUGCGAAUCUGCAAAUUACCGAUUACUUGGCCGAUUAACCGGUUUCUACGGAAUCUUUCCCACCGAUAAAUGUCUACUCGCUUGCAGGCCACCAUCCACGAGCCAUCGACCGUCAUCACGGAACAGCCAUCGCGCUUCCGUCGCUUGUUAUUCCGCGAAUUAACGGCAGGUCACCGUUGAUUAAUCCACGAAUCGACGCGGCAGUAAUUAACGCUUGGAUCGAUCGCCCAAGAUCCACGCGAUCUCUCGACAAAUCCCUUCGAGACCACCAACCAGAAAUUGCGAAAUCUCGAACGGGAAGUCCGAAGUGGAGGCAGUUAGCGAUAAAAGGGUCCAAAGACGUACACACGCGUUAGAAGGGACGAGAACGAAACGGCGACAGACAAAUCAAAGCGGCGGCAGUGGAAGAGCGCGAAAGCGGGGGAACUAGGGUUCGAAAAUCGAGCGACAAGUUUCGCAAAGUGUCUAAACUCGGCGAAAUUGGACGCAAAACGACGACGAACCGGGAGAGACAGGUAACGGGAUAGGAAGUUUGAGAAGCGACGCUGAAAGGGUCGUCGGAGCGGUGACAUAUUUCAGCGACGCUGUGGCUGUAUCCGAGUAACUGGGGGAAGGGAAGACGAGAGCGGGGUGGAAUAAAAGGCGAACGUCGAAAAGCGACGAUAUCGAACCGUAGGAAAAGCGCAACGGUAGUGAAAAAAAAUAAACAGCCCUGUGCGGGGGAGUGAAAGCCGUGAAAGCCGUGAAAGCCGAGUGGAGGAAACAAGGUGACGAGUUAAGAGCAACGAAAGAAUCUCGACGGAGAGAAACGACCUUCGGGCUAGAGAUCUAAUAACAGGGAGACAGUAGGCUGGAGGGAAUACGAAGAAAAAGAAACAAGAUUAAGUGGUUGGGGCAACGAAACGACGACAAGGGGGCGGCGGCAGAGGCGGAGGAGCGAAUAAAGACAAGAAAUCGACGGUGGAAAAAAGAAGACGUUCGAUCAAAUGAAUAACCGAGCCGUGAGUGGGUGGAAGCAUGAGAAUUCCAAGUGGAUGUGUUUCCUCGGCCCGAUCAAAGUAUCCGGCUACACGUUACACAGGCCACCGGCACUCGCGUCACGUAUCCAGAUCCAUUGAGGGGCAAAAAUGGGUGCCAACCAGUCGACACGGAACGAGCCUACUCCUGGCGAAGAAGUGAACUUCGAUCACUUUCAGAUCCUACGAGCCAUCGGGAAAGGAAGCUUCGGAAAGGUGUGCAUAGUACAGAAACGAGAUCGUACUGGAAACAUGUACGCGAUGAAGUACGUGCACAAGGGUGAGUGCGCGAUGCGGGGUGCGUUGAAGAACGUCGCACGGGAAGUGGAGAUCCUCUCGCAGCUGGAACACCCCUGUUUGGUGAACCUGUGGUUCAGUUUUCAAGACGAGGAAGACUUGUUCAUGGUCUCCGAUUUACUGCUUGGCGGCGAUCUCAGGUAUCACAUCCAGCAAGAGGUCGUCUUCUCCGAGAAAAGCAUUGUGCUGUUCGUUGCCGAGAUCGCUCUGGCCCUCGAUUAUUUGCAGAGUCACAAAAUCGUACAUCGAGACAUAAAACCCGAUAACAUUCUGUUGGACGAAGAAGGACACGCGCACGUCACGGAUUUCAACAUUGCAACGGUAUUGGAGGAUGGAGAAUUGGCUACGUCGAUGUCGGGAACAAAACCGUAUAUAGCUCCGGAAAUUUACAUGUGUUCCUGCGAGGAAUACGGCGUUCUUGGCUACGGUUUUGCCGUGGACUGGUGGAGCCUGGGAAUUCUUGCUUGGGAAACCCUCGCAGGAGAACGUCCUUACCCUCUCUGUUCCACUACGACGCACAGAGAGGCUUUGCAAAUCCUGCAGAAAGAAAGACCGACACCCGUCGACUGGAGCUCCGCGAUCUGCGAGCUUCUGAACAGACUGUUAGUCGUGGCACCAGGCGCGCGAAUAUCCACGCUCAAGGAGCUGAAGCAAGUGAACGCGAUGAGGGAACUCGACUUUGACAAAGUGUUGAACAAGCAGAUCAAACCCUCGUUCACGCCGCCGAAAGAUCACCUCAAUUGCGAUCCGACGUUCGAGCUGGAGGAGAUGAUCAUCGAGACGAAGCCGUUGCACAAGAAGAAGAAGCGUCUGGCGAAACAAAGAUCUCUGAAAGUGGAUCAUCUCGCCGAGGACACGGCGAUCGGGCUCGCGGAAGGCGCCGGACCGAGCGUCGAUUUCAGACGAUUGGCAUUCAUCCCAGAGUACCGAGUGUAUAAUCGGGAACGCGAGAUGGAGAGGCAGGAGAGGGAAAGGAAGGAGAAACAGUGGGAGGAGGAUUUGAACACUGCCAUGAAGGGUGCCGAAGAGAGACUGAAGACGAAACAACAGCCGGUACAUCGAACCGGAAACCGACUGAGCGUCUCUACAACCAGCGUAAAGACACGCAUAAACGCAUCCCCUAGGCAAGGAAGACGCGCCAGCACCGCGACAUCGUCGGAUAUCGACUACAUCGAUGCGAGUCCUGAACCUUCCACGUCGUAAAUUUCUCCUGAACGAUCUGUUGCGCAGGAAAAAUAAACGCCGACGCGUAUUCUCGGGAAGAACAUCCCGAAACAAAGCGAUCGUCGUUGGAAGUCACAUUCAGUCCCCGAUUUCUAGCGUAUCGAAGAAUUUGAAAAAUUCUCGAUCGUGGUAAAUUGACCUAGUCGUCCGAACGAUGGAUUUCUUCGGUUCGAUGACUGUUUACAAAGUAACGUGAUAAUCGAUAAGAGUAAGGUGAUCGCAGAUCCAACUUUCCGUCGUCCUUUUCCUUUCUUUUUAAUCUUCGUAGAAGAGAAAUGAUAUAUACUGGAAGUUUAUUAAAAAAGAUAGAAAAGAAUUACAAAGAAAUCAACGUUUCUCUACAGAUAAGAUUUCUCUUUGGGAAAAAAUGAACUCGUACCUCGAACGAUUGAUCUCACGCCUCUUCUUCGUCUGUCAUAAGGAAAAGCGUAUCGUUUAUUUUUGUAAAGAACGAAAGAAGAAACAUUGCCGACCAAAAGUAAAGCCUUUGAAAGGACCAUUUUGCCAAACCGAAAACUUAACGCAAAGAUAUAAGGAGGUACUGGGGACAUGGUCUUUCUUCUUCCUCGAACUCACCUUUCCUUGGGAAAAGGGAAAAAUUUCGAGCAAACGCACGGUCCAAGAAAUACUCGGAACAAUCUUCGUACCAUUCGCACCUCGUUUUAAUCCAUAGUUCGUACCUACGUGCUGUUUAACUUACCUCUUAGAAAGUUACGCAAGUUCGUGUAGUCUCGAUUCCCAUAAAUUUUAUAACGUUAAAUCAAGUUAACAUUGUAAGGUCGUAGCGAUACGCGUACGAAGACUCGUAUCGUUCGAACGCUUUAGAAAAUUACGAUUAACGUUACGAGGAUCGCGCGUUGUUUCUCGAUUCAUAUCCUUGUCCAAUGAUACAUACCUGCCAUCGUUUCGCGUAUACCUCGUGUCUUGUAUAAUAACAGAUCAACGAUCGCUCCUCUGAUAAUCAACCGACGAACACCAAGAACAAUGUAAUUUUAUAAAUAGUCGUUAAGAAAGAACCCUACGCUGUAACGUGAAAUUAAACGAUGAUUAAACCAUCGAACCUCUCGAAUCUUGUCUAUCCCUGUUUUCUCGAUAUGGUGUAUCGAUCAUACGAUCGCGACCAGCGAAAAUAUUUGUCUCUUUGUGGAACGAUCAAACGAGGAAAUACGAUCGCUUCUCUUGGUCCACGAUCUCUCGUCGCACAGGGUUUAUGUUUGAGAAAUGAAUCGACGAUAAGGAAAAGUAAAGUGUGCAUUACGUCGUGAGGUUCUCGACGCUGUUGGUAAUUGAUAUUUGGCAGAAAGAAAGAAUUCUCAGUGGACGUUUGAUAUUAAAGUAGAGCACGACCACCGAAGAAAGGAGUGUCAAAUAAUCGAUAAAAGCAGCACCGUUCCGCGGAAAGGAAGAGAGCGAAAAGUGAAACAACAAAGCUAGUUUUUCCACUUUCCGUUUCCGACGAAAGAGGCCUUUAGUCUACGACCAGUUUAAACGAUCAGAAAAGCUGUGUUGUAUAAGUGCGAAAUGGACGAUUCGAGUCCUUAAUUUGUAGCGUUCAAACAAAAAUAAGAUCUUAAGAACGUUAAUAGGAAAAUAACGAUAAGGAAAGAUCGAUACUGAUAAAUGUGAAAAGUCGUGAUCAUAAGGGACAAACGAUUACGUUUACUCGACAUGGUAUUAGGGGAAAUACAGCGAUAGAAAAGGUAAAAGUACGUGUUAUCGGGACGAGAUCGAAAGAAAAAUUACAAAGCAAACAUUAAUCAAGAUUAAUUUGAUUCGAGAGUGGAAAAUUUUUAUCGACGGUACGAACGGACUUCUUCUUUUUCCAAUCGAUGGAUAUAAGAUGAAAAUUCUGUACAAUCGUCGCAAUCGACUAAAUAAGUUCACAUUUUCUAUUUAUUUGUAUUUACAUGUCUUUCCCGAUAAACACAAACCAAUCGAUUUGAUUUUAGAAAAUGGGACAGAUGAAAUAAAGAAAAGCGUAAUUUCGUCAUUUUCUUGUUAUUCAAAAAUUUAAUUUAUUUAAUACUCGAUAUGAAACUGAAAAAAAAAAAUUUGACUAGCAGAUAUUUUGUAUCAUAUAACUGAGAUAAUCGUAUAAAAAAACCUCUGCUUCUCUUUCCAUCUAUUUGCGUACUAAUGAUUUCUAUAAAAGCAUAAUUUAU